ACACCAGAUAGAUAUAUUAAUGGUGGCUCCCUAAACAUCAUUCCACCUGCCACAUUUUGGCAGUUAUCAGAAUUCAUUCUCCCUCACAGUAGCAUACCCUGAAUGUGCUGUCCUGCUAUUUUACAGUACAUCCAUCAGAAGUAGAAAAUAUUUAUAACAUAAUGUGUUACAGGAGCUGACAGGACUGGCAUUACUCAACUGUUUCUAAUUCGCACUUCCACCACAUCUGCCUGGUGUUUGAUUUCACUUCGUGCGUGGAUCAUGUUGCUGUGGCUCGAGCCAUGAAGGCCGGGAGCCGCAGAAACAUGACUGGAACCUGCCUUCCUCCCUGUCCGCACUUGCCAAAUAUAUACCCUCCUAAAGUAAAUAUAAUCCUGUCUGCGUCCACAUGGAAAAGGCCAUUACCUGCUCCGCAGCAGAGUCCCCCAGUUGUGCACUCGAUUAGCAGCUUGGCUCCCUAGAGACUCAGUUGGUCUGAGCUCUGCUAAACUUGUCCCAGAUCUGAGCUGACGCAGCCAUGGGCGACUGGAACCUGCUGGGAAAGUUGCUGGAAAAAGCCCAGGAGCACUCCACUGUGGUGGGGAAGGUGUGGCUCACCGUCCUGUUCAUCUUCCGCAUCCUGAUCCUGAGUGCUGCCACGGAGAAGGUGUGGGGCGACGAGCAGUCGGGCUUCACCUGCGACACCAAGCAGCCAGGUUGCGAGAACGUGUGCUAUGACAUCACUUUCCCAAUCUCUCACGUCCGCUUUUGGGUUCUGCAGAUCAUCUUUGUGUCCACGCCUACGCUGAUCUACCUGGGACACAUCCUCCACCUAGUGCGGAUGGAGGACAAGCAUAAAGAGAGGGAUCAGCAGAUGGAACAUGCACAUCAUUCAGACAAGCAGGCCCUUAUUAUGGAUGGUAAGCAAAAGAAGGCUCUGGUGAGGGACAAAAAGGGCAAAGUGCACCUGCAGGGGGAGCUCUUGCGCACAUAUGUCUUUAAUGUGGUCUUUAAAACCCUGUUUGAGGUGGGCUUCAUUGUGGCUCAAUACCUCUUGUACGGCUUUAAGCUGAAGCCCAUGUACACAUGUGACAGACCGCCCUGCCCCAACGUGGUAAACUGCUACAUAUCCCGUCCCACAGAGAAAACCAUCUUCAUCAUCUUCAUGCUGGGAGUGUCCAGCGUGUCUCUGCUCCUCAACCUCAUAGAGGUCUACCACCUGGGCUUUACCAAGUGUCGCCAGGGCAUCAGCUUCAGGAGAGCUGAUCAGUCCUCUGUGAGUCUCCCCAAGGAGCCCGGCGAGGCCGCGGUGCCGUAUGCGCCGAGCUUUGACGACUACUUCCACCAAGUCCAGCCAGCCUACCCGCCCGUACCCAGCUACAACCUCUCCCCUUUGUCUGAGGACACAGACUCGUCCUUCCACCCCUACCACAGCAAGGCGGCAUACAAACAGAAUAAGGACAACUUGGCGGUGGAGAAGAGCAGCAGCAAGUCAGAAGAAUGUGACCUGAAAGGAAAGAAGGGAGCAGGAUCAGCCCCUGGGUCACCUACGCAGGCUAGGCCGGGCCGUAGUGCCAAACACAGCAGCAACAACAAGACUAGAAUAGACGAUCUGCAGAUAUGAGGAGGUUUAUGUUCCUCUGAGGGUGUCUUAAAUUGCUAUGAGGGGAUCGUAUGUUGUUUGGAAGCAUUCAUACAUGCUGAACUGACUCCCCUUUUUAAGAUGGCACAGGUUUGACUCAUUCCAACUUAGAAGGGAGUGAUAUUCACAGGGCACACGGAGAAGCCGCAAUUGUUCAGUAAUGUGUAAAGACUAAUGUAGGUCAAUAAUCACAUUUCUAAUGGACUUACACUUGUUGAAGGAAGUUUGGCUCCACUGAGAAAUGUCCCACAGCUGGCUUUUCAUUUGUAAAACUUAAUUGGAUUUCACAUUAGACUAGCAUUUAUGGUAUACGGUACACCAUUUGUGACAACACCAGUUUUCAGUUUUCAGUCAAUGUUGUGAAGUUUUUUUUUAUUGUGUAUGGUAUGAAUCUCUCCACUAUUCACUAUUGUCACUGAGAACACAAUCAACAAGAAACGCAGUCUGCUCAGGUUUUACAUCAACGUGAAUGAACCCAAAAAAUGCACCUCUGUGUAUAAAGUUGCCCAAAUAAUGGGAACAGAAUCCAGGGCAGAAACUUGUUGACAGCAUUUGAGGAAAUCAGAUAGGGUGAAUAGUUAAAUGUAACUUCCUUUAACUGUUUUGACAGCACCAUUUAGCAUAGUUCACUUGCAUAGACUUGAAGUUAAAAGUUGCGCAAUACCUGACAACACAUUGGACACUGGAAAUACUUUACCUAAUUCCAGGACGCGCCUCAAAAGAAAUUGCACUGGUCUCAGGAGUUCACACAUAUGUAUUGCCUCUUUUUACUGUGACAGCCAGCAAGUACAUAAUUAUAAGCACAUUGUUUUGUUUAGAUCUGUGUUUGUGCCGUUUGUUUUCUGUAAAGCACUUUGGUGACAACCAUAUUUGUUAAACUGCCUGAAAUAAAUCUGUCUUAAAUUUGCAAA